UUCUUUAUAUUCAUUUUCAAGUCCACCACCUUCACCUUCAAACUCUCUCUCUCUCUCUCUCGCUCUCUCUCCAAUGGAGAACCAUAACCGAUUGAAAAUGAGAAUCUCUGGCCUCCUCCGAUCAUCGUCAUGUGGGUCUUGUAAGUCCCAAGCCACCUCGGACGUCAUCGCCCGACCCGAAACCCUCCCCCAUACCCGCCACCAGUACCAACUGAUCGACCUAUUCUCUUCCAACCCCCACCCAUUGCCUUCCAUUUUCAGACCCAAAACAGAGCUUUUUCCAUCGCCCAAAGUACCCUUCCCGAGCCCUCUUCUCACCCCACAAAAAACAGAUGGCCGAGAAUGCCCCCCUGCUUCACCCAUUUCGCCCCUCAUCACAUUUCCCAAAAGGAAAAAAUCUAAAAAGAAGAGGAACAAAUCGACCCAGUUGUUAAAAAGGGCUAAUUCUGACAAUUACUAUGACGAUAGGGGAAAUGAUUUUGAUGAUGAGAAUAUGACUCUGUUCUCCUCUGUUUCUCUCUCAUUCAAUUCGUCGGAUUCUUUCAGGAGAAACAGAGCCAAUCGCGAGGUGAAUGGGCUCGUAAGGAGGGAAUGCGAGAUGGGUUUGGCCCCAUUACAGGGGAAAGUGAGAGCUAGCUUCGUGGUGAAGAAGCGAUCGAGCAAUCCGUACGAUGAUUUCAGGAAUUCAAUGGUGGAGAUGAUCGUGGAGAGGCAGAUUAUCGGAGCGAGAGACCUAGAGGAUUUACUGGAGACUUUUCUUUUGUUGAAUUCGUAUCAUCAUCACGGGGUAAUCGUUCAGGUGUUCACGGAAAUUUGGAAUGCUCUGUUUUGUGAGUUGUCUUGAAAUGAAAACUAAAGAAUGCAGUCUCUGUUUUCUUAGAUUUGGCUGUGUUUUUUUUUGUUGAGAAAGAUUAUUGGAAAAGUAAUCCUUUUCUACUCUUUGUUGAUGGUUAGCAUCAAGAUUAGCUAGUAAUUUGAAGUUGUGAUGUAAAGUUUAAUUGGGUUUAUUUUGCCUUUGUUUAUUACUGUACUACUUUGUGUGUGUGUUUUGGAGAGAGCAAAGGGGAGAGAUUUGCAAUGGAGGGAAGCUAUCAAUCUGGU